AUGGUAGCUAAUUCGGCUAGUGGGAAUAGGAACCUAUCAAGGUCUAUUCGAGUCACUAUCGUCGCCGCCGACUCUUUGAUCAAGAGGGAUAUCCUACGAUUACCAGAUCCAUUUGCGAUCGUUUCGGUAGACUCGGAACAGAUUCAUACUACUUCUGUGAUCAAGAGGACUUUAAACCCUUAUUGGAAUGAAAACUUUGACAUUACCGUCAAAGACUCUUCAAUUGUAGCGGUACAAAUCUUUGAUCAAAGAAAAUUUAAGAGAAAGGACCAGGGCUUCUUAGGUGUCAUCAACAUCAAGGUAUCCGAUGUCAUCGAUCUUGAACUUGGUGGGCAAGAAAUGCUCACAAAGGAGUUGAAGAAAGGCAGCGACGGUCAAGCAGUACAAGGAAAACUUAUUGUAUACCUAUCCACUCAAACAGGUGGACCCGCCAACGCAGCACCCGCUGCCUCUACUUCCAACACCAUGCUCAACGCUCCUGCCAAUGGAUCGGCCCUUUCUCUCAACACCGCUGCUGCUGUCAACACCGCAGGCUCUCGACCUGGCUCAACCCUUCGAGCCGCUAAUGCUACCCCUGAACCGGAAAGUCCAAGCCCAGCUGCCGCUGCCGAUAGUCCCAACGUUGCUCAACCUUCAGCUGCCGUGCCCCAGCCCAUCAGCACCAACGCCACUGCAGCUGCUGCCUCUGGCGCCCCUACGGUCAACCCCACUGCGCAAGCUGCUUCCACCGGUCAAACAGGUACUAGCACUGGACCUGGCAACGAAUUCGACUCGCACUCUGAUCAAUAUGGUGCUCUUCCUGCUGGUUGGGAAAGACGUAUCGAUCAUCUCGGUCGUCAAUAUUACGUAGAUCACAACACUAGAACGACCACCUGGAACAGACCAAGUGACAACCAAUUAUCCAACAAUGCUUCUCAAGCUACAUCCACCGGUGAAGCAAGAGCAAGACACAAUCAACGAAACUUGGCGGAUGAUAUGCUCGAUGUUCAACAGUCCAACACUGGUGGUGCAUCUACCCCUACCAACGGUGGUACUGGUGUUGCUGGCGCAGUCGCUUCCAACAACGUUACGACUGCUGGACAAGGACCAUUGCCCGCCGGAUGGGAACAGAGAUUCACCCCUGAAGGACGACCAUAUUUCGUUGAUCACAACACUCGAACUACCACCUGGGUUGAUCCUCGACGACAACAGUUAUUGAGAGUCAUCGCUCCAGGACAAGGUAAUUUGACUGUUCAACCUCAAACGGUCAGUCAACUGGGACCACUACCCAGUGGAUGGGAGAUGAGGUUGACUUCAACGGCAAGAGUGUACUUUGUUGAUCACAAUACAAAGACUACCACAUGGGAUGAUCCAAGAUUACCUUCAUCAUUGGAUCAGAACGUACCACAGUACAAGAGAGAUUUCCGAAGGAAAUUGAUCUACUUCAGAUCACAACCUGCUCUCAGAUCCAAUACCGGUCAAUGUCAUAUCAAAGUCUCUAGAGAUAACAUCUUUGAAGGAUCAUACACUGAGAUCAUGAGGCAGACUCCAAAUGAUUUGAAGAAGAGAUUGAUGAUCAAGUUUGAAGGUGAAGAUGGUUUGGAUUAUGGAGGUUUGUCGAGAGAAUUCUUCUUCUUACUAUCACACGAGAUGUUCAACCCCUUCUACUGUUUAUUCGAAUAUUCCGCACAUGACAACUAUACCUUACAAAUCAACCCCAACUCCGGUGUUAAUCCAGAACAUCUAAAUUACUUCAAAUUCAUCGGUAGGGUAGUAGGAUUAGGUAUCUUCCACCGAAGAUUCCUCGACGCCUAUUUCAUCGUAUCGUUCUACAAGAUGAUCCUGAAGAAGAAGAUCACACUGCAAGAUCUCGAAUCUGUCGAUUCGGGAUUGCAUAGGGGUUUGACUUGGAUGCUUGAGAAUGAUAUCACAGAUGUCAUCGAGGAUACGUUCAGUAUAACCGAGGAGCAUUUCGGUGAGGUAGUGACGGUUGAUUUGAAACAGGAUGGAAGGAAUAUCGAGGUUACGGAGGAGAAUAAGAAAGAUUAUGUUGACCUCGUCACCGAGUACCGAAUUUCCCGACGAGUCAGCGAACAGUUCGAUGCGUUCAUGUCAGGUUUCAACGAAUUGAUUCCCCAAGAACUCAUUAACGUGUUCGAUGAGAGAGAAUUGGAAUUGCUCAUUGGUGGUAUGUCAGAAAUUGAUGUGGAUGAUUGGAUGAAACAUACCGAUUACCGAGGAUACAACCCAUCUGACGAGGUCGUGGAAUGGUUCUGGAAGAUUGUCAGAGGAUGGCCUGCCGAGAGAAAGUCCCGUCUAUUACAGUUCACAACCGGUACCUCGAGAAUCCCAGUGAAUGGUUUCAAAGAUUUGCAAGGAUCUGACGGACCACGUCGAUUUACCAUUGAGAAAGCGGGCGAACCAACCCAAUUACCGAAAUCACAUACUUGUUUCAACAGGAUUGACUUGCCGGCCUACAAGACUUAUGAGGCUUUGGAACAGAAAUUGACCAUUGCUGUCGAGGAAACUCUUGGUUUCGGUCAAGAAUAA